AUGCAGUGGCCCUCCCUGCCGUUCUAUCCGUACCCGCCUUCCAAGGAUGGGUACUGGAGCCCUGUUACAUCGACCCUGAACUGGUGUGAAGAGGACUACUAUGCGACCAUCUACGCCGCCGAGAUCAUCAAUACACUGACCAACUUGUUGUUUAUGUGGCUCGGGGUCAAGGGAAUUUUGAGCUGUCGCAGGCAUAAGCAUGACCAGAUUUUCCUCAUCGCCUACUGUGGUUAUCUUGUCGUUGGCACCGGGAGCUUCCUGUUCCAUUCGACCCUUAAAUGCAAGUGUCCCGGAUCCUUCGGAGCGUGUGAUACUGAUCCCAUGCAGCUUGUCGAUGAGCUCUCCAUGAUCUACACCACAUGUUUGAUGGCCUAUGCGUCCUUUUCCUACUCGAGGCCAACAGGCAUCCGUUUUGCUCUGGCGAUUUCCCUGACCUCACUCGCCGUUUUCAUCACCCUCUACUAUCAUUACCUACAAGAUCCCGUGUUCCACCAAAAUGCGUACGCAAUUUUGACCGCGGUUGUGAUUAUUCGGAGUAUGUAUACCAUGGAGAAGACCCUUCGUCCAAAAUGGCGGGGUACGCGCGAGGAGGAUCGCCUUGCACGCGAGAAACAGGGCCUGCUGGUUCCGACCAGGGAGAACCAACACUACGAGAACGUUCGCGAUAUGAAGAUUCUCAAGACCAUGUGGUAUAUGGUUGGCUACGGAUUGAGCAUGUUCCUUGGUGGGUUUGCUAUCUGGAAUCUGGACAACAUCUUCUGCAGUCAGAUUAGGCAAUUGCGGAAGACCGUAGGGCUUCCUUGGGGUAUUUUCCUCGAGGGUCACGGCUGGUGGCACAUCAUGACCGGUCUUGGCGCGUACUUAUAUAUCAUUUGGGGAAUUUGGUUGCGUCAUUGCUUAAACCGUCGUCAGGAGGAAUACUACUUAUGGUGGCCUCAUACUUGGAACAUUCCCGAAGUGAUCCGUAUCAACGAUAGCCAGCACGAAAACGGAUCGGUGAAGAAGUCGAACUGAGGCUCUUUUCUUGGGAGUUAUCUUGUCUGGUGUUUUAUAUUUAAAAUGAUUCCCUCUAACGUUGCUGGGGCCAGGAGCUCCAGGAGAAGUCUUUGAUGUCUCACUAAGUGUGUCCAUUGGACUUUGCCGGAACAUUGGCGUUUGAAUCGCCAAUCUAUUAACUUAUAGACCUGGUCUAUAUAUACAUAAUACCGACAAAACAAGUCCUAAUGUAUGAUGCAACAUCUCUAUACUCUCGUAUAAUGUGUAUGACGGACAGAAUGAUCACAGCUUGGAU